CUUUCACAAGCUCACUCUCCAUCACGCAUGGUUUUCAAUGGUUCAAUUACACAGACAUGGCGUUUGUGCAUAUGAAGCCUUGUUGGGUAGCUCUUUCAUGGCGCUUAGGUUUUUUCUUUUCUUUUCUGUAUGAGGAUUCGAGUGUUGUUUCUGUGGAAAUGAACAUUCCCGACAUGAUAUGGAAACAAUCCGAUUCAGUCACAAAUGGACAUGAGUGUAAUGGGGUAGUUGUGUUAAGGGCUAAUCUGGAGCAAAUAUUGUGGGCAGACAUGAAGAGUGUUGCUAUGAUCGUAUUGCUGACGGCCAUGGCGAUGGCUGCCUCGUCUGUGCAUGGAGCGUGCACCAACGACCUCUCUCCUUACGAGCCAUGCACGCCUGCGAUGUUCGGCACGGCACCUUCUUUACCCACCAGAGAGUGUUGCAAUGUCAUGAAGGUCAGUAACCUCACCUGUCUUUGCAGCGCCAUUGCAACCGUUCAACUCCCCGAGUUCAAUCAACAAGCGGCUCUCAUGCUGCCCAAGCGGUGUGGCGCCGUUCCUCCCGGCAUGACCACUUGCAAACAGGAUGCAGAUUCUUUCGCAAGUAAACUGAUGAACUUGCAGUAGACACUUCAAGAUACGACUGGCACUGAGCGAUAGCAUCGGAACGAGAAUGCAGAGAAAUAUCCACAAGACAGAAUUCACGUCUAUUAGGGUUGCAAUUUGAGCCCACGCAAGUGUGGUACUGGAUUGGGGCUUCCCCGGAGAACUAAUUGGAACUGACGUCAUGUUAGACUUCUUCGGAGAUCCAGAUAUUUUAAGCUCUACAAAUUAACUCCAUUUCCUGAGCAGAAGCAUAUUUGUAAUCGUCUUCUAAAAUUGUGUUCAUUUACCCCUUCGUGAAGAUGAAGUCCCUCUGAUUCAGCCGUUGUGCUUGAAAUGCAAUUUGAUGAUGUUUAAACUCUAUCAAACAUUUAUUACAAUACUCAAGCCAUUAUCAUUUCUUUAUUUUGCUUACACUGGUAUGUAUUCAAUCACGAUUAUAGAUCAGGUGAAAUUCAACAAUGCGCUAA